AUGGAGCAUGCUGUAAGUAAUCGAAAUGGCCAAAUUUGGUUUUUUUGGAAUAAGGACAUUGAUUCUGUAGUAAUUGAGGAGGAUGAACAACAAAUCACUUCUGAUAUUAGUCAUAAUGAAAUUCAGACUCACUUCACCACAACCUUUGUGUAUGCCAAGUGUAAGGAUCAACUCAGAAGACCUUUAUGGGAUAGAAUGUUGUUCCAUGCUGCUGAAAGCAGCAAACCGUGGUGCUUAGUAGGUGACUAUAAUGUCAUUACUUCGAUGGAGGAAAAGCUUGGAGGGAUACCUUAUAACAUGAGGAAAAGUCUAGACUUCAUUGCAGUGAUUGAAACGUGUGGGCUCAUUGAUCUAGGCUUCAAUGGACAAAGGUUUACUUGGUCCAAUAAAAGGGGAACACAUCACAGAAUCUGGAAACGACUGGACAGGGCAAUGGUUAAUGACAAAUGGCUGGAAACAAUGCAAACUGAAAAGAUUGUCCGCUCCUGGUCCAAAAGGGAAUUUGGUGACGUCUUUGUUAAAGUUAAGGAGUAUGAAGAGAAGGUCAGGAAGGCUGAAGAAAAUCUUAUUCAAGACCAUACUGAAAAAAACAGGACAACACUUCAUGAGCUUAAUGCAAAAUACAUCAGAUUUUUGAAAAUGGAAGACUCCAUUUUGAAACAAAAAACUCAAUUACAAUGGUUCAAAGAAGGAGAUGCUAACACAAAGUAUUUUCAUUCACUGAUAAGAGGAAAGAGAAGAAGAUUGUUUAUACACAAACUUAUCAGUGAAGGAGGGGAGUGGAUACAAGGAGAUGACAACAUUGCUGAAGCUGCCUGUGGACACUUCCAAACGAUUUUCAUAGGGGAGGACAAGGUUAUCAAUGAGAAUGUUCUAAAUUGCAUCCCCAGGAUGGUCAAUUAG